AUGCCUCCACAGUUUAAAGUUUUCAAAACACAAGGUUCACAAGAUGAUAAAGAUGUAAAGACCACAGGUUUUGAAAUGUGUGUCAUGCUAAAGUUCUUUGAAAACAAAUGCAUGUUUGCAAUCACCGUUAUCUUAAUGGCUUGUGCAGGUAUGGUACCUCUGAUGAUGUACUUCUUCAUGGGUGAUAUAACUUCAGAGAUGUCUAACGGUAAUACUGAAAUUGUCAAAGCUAUUUUGCCAACAAUUUACAGAAUGGCAUAUAUCAACGUUGCCAUGCUUUUCUUCAUGUUAGUCUCUCAAUCAUUAAAGUCAUAUUGCGUGCCAAAAUUCGCCACAGAUGUUAGAGUUAAAAUUUACUCUUCAUUAGUUAAUCAGAGUAUCGAUUACUUUGACCAGCAGUCUACAGGUGUUCUUGUUUCAAGACUUUCAGAAGAUGUAACUUUAAUCAGAGAAACAUAUAUCGACAAAUUCCUCCAAGUUAUACAAAGUUCUGUUCAAGCGAUAGGUGGUAUCGUUCUCUCUUUCAUUUCCAGCUGGAGAGUUUCCUUAAUUUGCUUAGUAGCCAUUCCUAUUGUACUUGUCACCUUUUGGUUGGGCGAAUUCUACGUUGGCAAGCUCUGGUACAAAUACAACGAACGUUCCACGACAGCCGCAUCGAAAGCCGAAGAAGUUAUUACUCAAUUUAGAACUGUUAAAGCUUUUGAUGGCGAAAUGAAGGAAUACGAUGCAUACACAUCCUCUCUUGAUGGCGUUGAUGAUGUCUACACUACAACUUCUAUAGUACACGGCGUCAAAGAUGGCGUAAUUUCGUUUUUCGCAAAUGCGAUGAUCGCGGCCGUUCUUUAUUUCACAUCCUACUUCAUCAUUAAGAAACCCAGUUACGGUAUUAGGGCCGGCGAUGCCUUAGUUCUUAUGAUGUCCCUCAUGUUUGCUACAAUGGGCUUCACACAGGUCUUUUCAUCCAUCGACGACUUCAGAAAGGCCAACAUUUCGUCCAGAAAGGUACUCGAGAUCAUAGAGAAGGUCCCUGAUAUCGAUAGAAAGCAAGGCGAAACAUUAUCUGAUGUAAAAGGUGCCAUUGAGUUCAAAAAUGUUGGCUUCCACUAUUCUACAAGACAAGAAUAUGCAGUUCGCAACCUUUCCUUCUCUAUACAACCAGGCGAAACCGUUGCAUUAGUUGGUGAAUCCGGAUGUGGCAAGACAACAACAUUACAGCUCUUACAGAGAUUCUACGAAGUCACAGAAGGUGAAAUCCUUCUUGACGGCAAGAAUAUCAAAGAUCUAAGCCAAGUUUUCUUAAGAUCACAAAUUGUGACUGUUCCACAGAUCCCUGUUUUGUUCUCUAUGUCCAUUGCAGACAACAUCAGAUACUCCAAACCCGAUGCUUCCGAUGACGACGUCGCUCAGGCAGCUGAUGUUGGAAACGCUCAUAAUUUCAUUAUGACAAUGGAAAAGAACUACAAGACAGAAGUCCAACAGACAUCUCUUUCCGGUGGCCAGAAGCAAAGAAUCUGUAUUUCAAGAGCUAUCCUUGCAAACGCACCAAUUUUGUUGUUGGAUGAAGCAACAGCUGCUUUGGAUACAGAGUCAGAACAGUUGGUCCAGAAAUCUCUCGAAAAAGUGAGAAAAGGAAAGACUGCAAUUGUUGUUGCACACAGAUUGGCAACUGUUAAGAAUGCAGACAGAAUUCUCGUGUUCCAGAACGGAAAGAUCGUCGAAAGCGGAAAACACGAAGAACUACUUAAAGCAAACGGAAUUUAUUCUGAUCUUGUUAAGUUCCAGCUUCAAUAA